GCAUUGUGAGAUAUCGCAAGAUUGCAAUCACGUUCCGUUGAGCAAUGACUGACCGAAAGUGGUUCCCAUACAUUAGAAGUGAGUCGUGGCACAAGAAGUAUGCAAACCAUGAUGAGAUUGGUUCAACUCAUGUAGGAUCGGUUGCAGGAACGCAAGUCACUUUGAACGUCAGCCAGCCGUUCCUUCCUUCCAGUUUGAACCUCAAAUCUCAAAUCUUCAAGUUCGUGACGCACGAACCAACAAAACUCGUGAGGAUUUUACAGACUGACAUGGCAAAAUGGGAAGGAAGGCGCUACAGGGAAGCUGGAAAGCCAGAAACCCCCAUCACCUUACCGACCUAGAAAUCUCGGAUAUCGGCUCGUCUGACACAUCGAUAUACAAUGCAUCAACAGCACCAUCAUACAUGUCGGAUCUCACAUCGUCUUCUGAUCGGGAUCAUUCCUCCGAACAUUCUUUCCCUGCUCCCAAGCAUCGGCUUCAACCUACCCAUGCACGAGCCAAGAGUGAAGGACUUUCCCAACAUGAUAUGGUUAGAUUCGUCAAUCGACCACACGGCACUCCUCUGUUCACCAUUGUCGAGCAAAAGUCACUUGCUACAAUUCGAGCUCAACUAUCCUUUGCCUCGUUCGGGAAAAGAGGACCUGCUUAUCUUGGUACCACCUCCUCUGGAAAGCCAAAGGCUGCUAGUGUCGACGACACUAUGCUAUUCAAAAGUCGACGCGGGUCCAGAAAUACCGAGACUUCAUCGAAUGUAGAUGUCCAAAGUCCAAGAAACGACCCUGUGCAUCCUUUACAGCCACCUUUCAGACCCCCUCACCGCAUCAAAACCCCUGAAGGAGUACCACAAUGGCACGCAAACACACGUGUGUCUUUCCUGCGGAGGAUGGCGAGGGCUCUGAGGUCCGCGAGGUCCUUGUCUCUACGCAAUGGUACUCUUUUCGUUGUGAGGACUUUACGUGGAGAGAUUCGAUCACGUCGAAGAGUCCAAUCACAACGGUGGCGUCCGCCUGUCAGUGGACACUCGACAUAUGGUUACACUGAACCCACGGAACAUCCACUCAACAAUGUGCGUUCUGCUGAGGUUCCCCAGGCGGAGAGCAACAUACAAGAAGAAAUCCCAGCUUUACCGAUUCCUCAGCCAACCGUCGUCGAGAGACAAUCUUUGGACAGGCGGUGCCGUUCAUUGUCACUUGACGUUUCUCAUGCUCAACGCGCUUUGGGAGCAAUCGAUGGCAACGCGAUUCCCAUCAAUCCUGCUCGCGCACUUAGGGCUCGUUCAGUUCCAGUUCCUCGGAAACUCAGAGCACCCGGAACGGAGCUCAACAUGAGGCCGUCCACUCAGAGCAGCCAAUCGAUCCAGGAUAGACAACCGUAUCCGUCCGAUACGAUGCGAACCACAGACAUGAUCGAGAGCUUCCCGUGUCCACCAUCAAGAUCGGCGACAAAGGCAAGGGCAAAGUUACAGUUCUUCGCCCCAACGCCACAUCGAGCACCAUCUGUUCCUUUCUUGAGUACCGUGGACAUAACAGCCUGUGAUCCAGUCGGUCCAUUGGUUCCAGCUGAGGGGAGAGGCGAUAUCGGAUCAUCAAGUACACCCCCUAUCCGUGGCGAGCAAGCAAGGUACACUUUCUCCGGCAUACCGAUAUACCGUGAUGAUGCAGCUUCGUUGCAUAGUCAUGAUCGCUUGAGACUCAACCGGAUGUCUGAUGCAGAUUCCGUCGAUCACCAAGUCCGGCCCACAGUAGACUAUGGUACGAUUCAGGAAGAAGCUCAGACAGGACCAUUUGAACCCGCUGGCACUGUGUUCAAUCCUGUUUCACACCGCCGGAUAUCAAGCUUGGAUUCUAAGAGUAUGACUUUCCAGGAUCCGGUCGGAAGUACACCUGUUGCUCAAAAAUGUCCUCGACUUAUUCCACAACUACAAUUGGCCGUCCAGGGAACCAGUCAAGCAGGGCACAUGGUCAGUCCCGCAAUACAAAAGCAGAACAACAAAUUUUGGAGAGUCGAGCUGGGAAAAUUACGCUCCCGAGUGGUGCAGAAGAGGGACAGGUCCCAACGCUGGCGACGUGAGAUCUCCAAGACUUUGGUGCGAAGCUUGCGCCAGAUGGGACACAUCUGUCUUUGUCAAGACGAGAGUGAGGAAGGAUCAAACGACGGCGCCGGGCCACGAGCGGUCCAGCGUGUUCCGGUGUGA